AUGGAUUAUUUAACUAAUGCAUUUUACAGAAUAAGAAAUUAUUUUUCCAGUGAUAACAAUAACAAUAAUAACAAUAAUAACAAUAAUAACAAUAAUAACAAUAAUAAUAAUAACAAUGAUGAAAGCAACACCUGCACACAACCAUCUAAUUCAAUAAUUUCCAAUGAUUAUAACAACAACAAUAAUAUCAAUAAUAAUAACAAUAUUAAUAAUAACAAUAAUAAUAUUAAUAAUAAUAAUAAUAAUAUCAAUAAUAAUAAUAAUAUCACUAGUAUCAAUAAUAAUAAUAAUAUUAAUGAUAACAAUAAUAAUAAUAAUAAUAAUAAUAAUAAUAAUAAUAACAUUUCCCAAAUCAGUCAAUCCCCACUUGACCAAUGUAUUAAUGCCCCAUCACACAAUCAUUCACCAUCUCAACCACAAAAUAUAAUAUUAGAAUCACCAUUCCAUAGAUCAACUGAUAUUAUUCCAACUUUUCCAGCAACAAUAUCACCAUAUACCCCAUCACACAAUCAAUCACCAUCUCAACCACAAAAUAUAACCUCAGAAUCACCAUUCCAUAGAUCCACCGAAAUCAUACCAACUUUUCCUGCAACAAUAUCACCAUAUACCCAAUCACAAAGUCAACUCCAAUCUCAAUUUUUUAAUUCUUCUCAAUCAAAUAUCCCAAUUCCACCAUGGUUUGCACAAUCAUACCAACAAAAUAUAACCUCAGAUUAUACACCAUUUCAUAGAUCCACUGACGUUAUACCAACCUAUCCAGCAACAAGAUCAUCAUCUAUAAAGAGACCAUUGGAAGAAGAUGAUAUAUCAAAUGAAAGUGAUAGAAAAAUUAACAAAAAAAAAAAACUCGAUGAAGAGAGUUUAAAAAAAGAUAAAGAUCGUGCUAAAAUGGAAAAAUUAAAAAAAGAAAAAGAAGAAAAAGAAAAAUUAGAAAAAAUUCAAAAGGAAAAAGAAGAAAAAGAAAAAGAGGAAAAAGAGAAAUUAGAAAGGGGACUAUUAGAAAUAGAUUACCAUUGUAAUAUUUGCAUAGACCAAAUAGAGACCAUAAAAAAAGCAACAAUUGAUUGCAAUCAUAAAUUUUGCUUUGAUUGUAUAUUAGAAUGGUCGGAUCAAGCUAACACCUGUCCAACAUGUAGAAAAAGAUUUUAUAAUAUAAAAAGAGACAAUUAUGUUGAAGGUUUAGUAAACAGUGCCAAUGUCCCAUAUAGAGUUCAAGGAGAAGAUAGAUGGCCAAAUUUUUACAGUACACUCCAAGAAUUAAUCCAUGAAGCCGCUCAUCUCCCACCAAUUCCAUACCCUUUUCCUUACAAUUCUUAUCCUGGCUUAUAUAAUAAUGAAGAUCACCCAGGAAAUGGCAAUGAAUAUGAAGAAGAAGAUGAUAAAGAAGAUAACGAAGAAGAUAACGAAGAAGAUAACGAAGAAGAUGACGAAGAAGAUGACAUGGAUCUCUCAAAUUAA